GUCGCUCGCUGUAGAUUUUUCUGCCAUGAUUUUUUUCCUGCUCGCGCGCGUCUUAUCUUCUCCAGCCGCAGUGUCCAUCUCCCCUGCGUCCAGCAGAGCUUCAGCCUUAUCUUCCACCUUGGGCGUCUGCUUCAAAUGCUCCGGCUCGGACGCCCAUCUCCUUUGCUCCCGGUGGUGGAUCUUCUGCAAUUCCCCCUACAGCUUCCUCCCCGGCCCCUUGUUUUCCCCAUGGCUGGAGCCUCUUCCAGCCGUGUGCCAGUCCCCAGCUCCUUCCCUGCGGCGCCCGCUCCCUUCUCUGCUUCCCCUGCUUGUUUCUAUGGCGCGCACCCAUAUGCUCUGCUCGCUCGUCGCCGUAGCCCCUGGUCCCAGCUCUGGCGCGCCUGCUUCCUGGCUCGCCUGCGCGUGCGUUAACUCCCUCUGCCCAGGCGCCCCCUCACUGGAUCCCCUCCAUUUAUGACCAGCGCCACUUCCUGGUCCAAGCUCCCUGGUUCUUUUCCCUGUGCGUCCAGGCGUCGAAGCUCCCUGCACUCACCUGGCGCUCGCCCCUGACCUCCCAUGGCUGUCUGCCCCAGCUCGGCUUGGCCCUCUGUUCGGCGUGUUUGCCCCUGCAGAGUCGGCCCAGCCUCCAUUUUUCCCCAGCCCGGAUCUCCCUGCUCGCCUUGCUCCUCCGGCGCCGCGGUUUUCUGCUCGCUUGGCCGGCCAUGGUGGCUGUGCAUGCCUCCUGGCCAUGGACGGUUUUGGCCCAGGCCACCGUCGCGCCCAGAGAAAUGGUGCGCGUCCCUGCGCCCGGUUUUCGUUUCUGUGGCGCCGAUCUGUGCUCCGUCCUGGCCGUCUUUUCUGCCUCCAAUCUUGGCGCCGUCGCGAAGCUCUUUGUUCGUCGUCAUCGCUCGGUCGCACAACAGGCUGAUUGCGUGACGUGUGUCGCACAUCCUAGGUCCUUGUCGUCGGGUUUCGUGCGUGCUCGCGUUUACCGUCGAGUCGUCGAACCCGUCAUCCUCUGCUCAAACUCCACCUCACCAGCUCGCUUCAAACACGAUCUCGUCGUCAAGCUUCGCCUUAGCCUUAUCUCGUCGGUCACGCUCGCCAGAUGUUCGAUCAAGGACUUCAGCCGAAGGAUGUCAUCGUUCAGGCAACUACCAAAUCGAGUUGUGAUGUGGUACGUUGAUUAACCACGAGAUGCGGAGAACUUGAGUCAAGUCGACCCCAAGCGUGGGCUAAUCCGUAGGAUGAAGCUGAUGGACCAACCUGAAGAUGGUUAAAUCAAGCAAGUGCUCGAUCGAGGGAUACUCGUCAAGUGGUCGUCGCCUAACAACACUAACCUAGUGUUACCCAGGCAAGCCCCGGUGCAUGCAACCCCUUUCCUUGUGUUUUAAAUACCUUUCGCACACUUAAGUCUAGUGAAAUGUGCAUUAGGUUCAUAGGAGUUACUUGAAACCCUUUGAUGCAUUGCUUUCCUUGAUAUCCAUACCUUUAUAGAUACUUCUGUGAAGUAUCAAAAUAUGAUUUACAAAAAUGCUUAGCCUUGCUUAGAUCUUGUGGAUAGAGGUUGUCCUCCAUCUAACCCGGGAGAGGAUGGCUUCUACCUGCAAGUAUAUUUUCAUUUGGAGCAAUGAUGGGAUCUUACUGCAAAGUUCCCUGCGAUGCUCUUUUCAUCCUCAGGAACAGAAACAAUCCUAAGGAUGGAAGUACUUAAAUCGAGACUUGGGCUAGGAACAAGUGAUGCUCCGCCCGGGUCAAUUAAGGAUUGGAUGCGUAUGUAGGCCUGUUGAUCAAGGACUAUCUUAUCUAGCCACAUGCCCUGAGAAUGGGACAGGGUAAGCUUGAACCCGGCUAUUCCAUACAUGAAAAGACAAUCGCGCACUGGGCGUGGAGAGAUGGCGAGAGUGGCACGUACCCUCCUGGCAACGGAUCGCCUAAAAGGGGUGGUGUACUCUCGGGUGGCGCGGACCUGUUCAUGCAGUGGAGGAUCCGUGGGAAUAGUAGACAUCAAGGUUUACGAGAAAGAUAUGUCGUGUGGUUAGAAAUCCUCAGCUGAGUAAAUCGAUUCGGAUCGCCGUUAUAUCCCCGGAGAGUGGAGACUUGAGCUCCGACCUACAACCUAAGUCAAGAUGUGAACACUAUGGAUAAAAAUGAUGUUGUAUUGAUGAGAUGAUGAAACUAGACUAGAUGCAAACAGAGUCUAUUAAAUAUUUAAUCUGGCGUUAAAAUAUUGAAAGUAAGGACUCACUUUAGUAAGCUAUUUCUGCAAAAGUAUCUAAGUUGAUUCUUGCUAAAGCCUCUCCUUGAUUCCCAAAUCCAGCAUAUCCUUGAGAGUCUUUUCUUUAGUCGGGUAAGUCUUGCUGAGUAAUUCCAUACUCAGGGUUUUAUUCCCUGUUGUUUUUCAGGUCAUAGUUUUGUGCUGCUGAUGAUGGUGUUAAGUGCCGGUGGGCUCGGCCUUCUUAUAAGUCUAAAGCAUGGGUGAGCAGUGAGCUGCUGCCGUAACUCCAAAGCUGACAAGUUUUCUGUGCUGUCCACCAAGAUUGUAGCAUGUAGAUGAGAUGUAGAGGAGCUAGUAGCGGCUACCAUUACGGCAAUAAAGAGCCCGUAGGAAAAGCGGAGGGGGCAGCGAGCGGGUGCUGCAUAACCUGCAUUCAGUCUCAGGGUACCAUUGCAUCCCACUCGGCUCCACCUCGCGGCCCAUAUUUGAUAUUUCGGCUAUGGCAGGUCAUUGCGCCGUCGUCGUCGUCGUUCGCAAGCAGCAACCAGGCAGCUCCGGGCUCCGGCCAUGGCAUCACCACCAAGGAAUGUCGGUACCAGGACUACCAGCAACCCGGAGAUCCCAGAGUUCCUGGUGGGCCCGGCUGGCCGGCCGGUGCCGGCCGUGGGGCUCGGCACGGCAUCGUUCCCGUUCGUGGAGGAAAACGUCAGGACCGCCGUCCUCGCGGCACUGGAGCUCGGAUACCGCCACCUCGAUACCGCUUCGCUCUACCGCUCCGAACGUGCCGUCGGCGACGCCGUGGCCGAGGCAGCGCGGCGCGGGAUCGUGGCGUCCAGGGAGGAGGUGUUCGUGACGACCAAGAUGUGGUGCUCGCAGUGCCACCCGGAUCUCGUGCUACCUUCCCUCAAGGAGAGCUUGCAGAACCUUCAAAUGGAUUAUGUUGAUUUGUACCUGGUUCAUUGGCCGAUAGCUGCAAAGCCCGGCAAGCCACAGUUCCCGUUUAAAAGGGAGGACAUCAUGCCCAUGGACCUAAUAGGUGUAUGGCGGGCAAUGGAGGAAUGCCACCGGCUUGGCCUUGCUAGGAUGAUUGGUGUCAGCAAUUUCACAACAAAGAAGCUCCAAGAGCUACUGGCCAUUGCUAAAAUCCCCCCGUCAGUAAAUCAGGUUGAAAUGAAUCCAAUUUGGCAGCAGAAAAGGUUAGCUGAGUUCUGCAAAGACAAAGGUAUUCAUUUGACUGCCUAUUCUCCGCUAGCAGGCCAAAGCACGUCUAAGGUCAAUCCAGUAAUGCAGUCUGAGGUUCUGCAAGAGGUUGCAAAGGCUAGAGGAAAGUCAGUGGCUCAGAUUUCGCUGAGGUGGAUCUACGAGCAAGGCGCUAGCGUGGUUGUCAAGAGUUUCGGAAGGGAUAGGCUCAAGGAGAACGUGGAAAUCUUCGAUUGGGAACUGACCAAUGAAGACAGGCGUAAGAUUAGUCAGAUACCUCAGCACAAGAGGGUCACAGUGUUGGGGAUCCUCAGCCCAGACGGCGUCUCCAGCGUGGAUCUUGCUGAGCUUGAUAUUGUUGAAAUGUAGCAGAAAUCUCCAUCUAUCAGGUUGCAAGGACAAAAAAUGGUGAUUGGAGUAGCUUUCAUACGGCUACGUUGAAUCAGUUGCUUAGAUACGGCCAUAUUGAAUCAAGAAUUAGAAGUAGAGGACGAUCUCUCUACUUGUCGUCCGGACCUCAUUUUCUUAAAAUGUAUUUUCAGGUG